AUGUCGCGGCCCGUCGAUGUCGUUGUAGCAGGCUUAGGAAACCCUGAAAUUCAAUAUGCCACUACGCGUCAUAAUGAUUAUUUAGCAAACGCGAUGCAAUCCUCUCAAGAAGAGAAUAAUGCCGUCAAACCAGUUUUUUAUAGAAGAUUUGAUUUAGCAGCUGAUAUACGAGACACGAUUUUCUCGACCAAAACUGAAAAUGGGUCUUCUAGUGUUACGAAAUCGCUUCGAGUGGUUUUGGUGAAACCUCUAAUGAAUAUGAACGAAUCAGGGGUGCCAGUUCAAAGAGUACUUCAAUAUUAUGGAAUCACGGACACGAAAAAAUUAAUUGUAGUUUGUGAUGACUUGAAUACUCUUCCUGGAUCAUUAAUGAUUCAAGGUGGUGGUCUGUUGGCAGCUAUGCAAGGUCACAAAGGAAUAGAAAGUAUCGCAAAUGUUCUUGGAACUACGGAAUUUAUUAGAUUCCGUUUAGGGAUUGGAAGACCUCCUAAUGAAUCGACGACUAUUACUCAAUGGGUUUUAGGUUCUUUUACGAAAGAAAAUCGUGAAAUGAAUCUUUUUGGACACCUCCUUCACCUAACAACUCAUGCACUUUAUGACUAUAGCAUUCAUCAGGACCUGAAGAAAAUUAAAAAGAAGUAUGCGCAAUCAAAGAAACUUCCAAAUAAAUUAAAAGAAAUGGAGAGUUUAAUAUUUCCAAUUGACCUUCAUGGAACAUAA